AUGAGGUCUUUCUUGGCGAACGGCAUUGCCGCAUCGCUUAUCGCCUCGGCCGGCUUGGUCCGCGCCCAGUACAGCAUCGAUACUGAUGCUGAUAUCAAGAAGACGGCUGCUAAUGUCGCCUGGGAUAUGCUCCAGUACUACCAUGGAAAUGAGAGUGGCGCAACCGUAGGAAUCCUGCCCGGUCCUCCUCCCGCUGGAGACUAUUACUGGUGGGAGGCUGGUGCCAUGUGGGGGACAUUGAUGGAUUACUGGCGCUGCACUGGAGACGACUCAUACAACGACCUCAUCAUGGCCGCCAUGCAGCACCAGGCUGGACCUGACGCCGACUACCAGCCUAGCAACGUCACUCUGUCCCUGGGAAACGAUGAUCAAGGCUUCUGGGGCAUGUCUGCCAUGCUUGCCGCUGAGCUCGCCUUCCCCGAUCCUCCGUCCGACCAGCCCGGCUGGCUGGCUCUGGCCCAGGCUGUCUUCAACACCCAGGCCAACCCGGAUCGACACGACAAGACUUGCAACGGUGGUCUGCGAUGGCAGAUUCCUUUCUCUAACAACGGUUAUGACUACAAGAACAGUAUUGCCAACGGUUGCUUCUUCAAUCUGGGCGCUAGACUUGCCCGCUAUACCGACAACUCGACUUAUGCCGAUUGGGCUGAGAAGACCUGGGAUUGGAUGUACGGCGUCGGGUAUAUCGACAACGAGAACUACCACAUUUACGACGGCGCUCACGUCCAGACGAACUGCACCGAUAUCAACAAGGCCCAGUUCUCUUACAACACCGGCGUCCUUCUCCAGGGUGCCGCCCACAUGUACAACUACACCAAUGGAUCCAAGGUCUGGGAGACAAGACUUACCAGGCUCGUCGACGCCACCCUCAACGUUUUCUUCCCUACCGAUGUCGCCUUCGAGAUCUCUUGCGAGUCCUACAACACUUGCACCACCGACAUGUUGUCCUUCAAGGGCUACACCCAUCGAUGGAUGUCCGUCGCCACCAAGAUUGCCCCUUUCACCUCUGAGAAGAUCCUGCCCGUGCUGGCCACCUCGGCAGCUGCCGCCAUCAAGCAGUGCACUGGCGGUGCUAACGGCCGCCUCUGCGGUUUCAAGUGGAAGAGCGGAGUUUAUGAUGGCAAGACCGGUGUUGGCCAGCAGAUGAACGUCCUGGCCGCUGUGUCGUCUCUUCUCAUUGAGAACACGCCUCCCCCUGUCACUGCUAAGCAGGGUGGUACCUCCAAGGGCAACUCAGAUGCUGGUACCAAGGGAGAUAGCAACUACAAGAACAACAACAAGCCCGCCACCUCUGCUGACAAGGCUGGCGCUGGUAUCCUUACCUUCCUUGUCCUGGCGACUGCCUGCGGCAUGUUUGGAUGGAUGAGCUUCGGAGAGUAA